CCCGCAGUAACUGGCUUCAUUCGCCCGUGCGCCAACAUUCCGUUAGCAGCCUCUUCACUUUUCAACGCAACGCGGUCAAAAACAAUUCUAUAAUGCAAAAUAGUUUUUAAUACAAUUUAAAUCGGACUAAUAAAAGUGAACGCAUCCUUAUCUGACAUUAAAUUCGGCGGGAAAUUGAAACAAUAUGGCGCGUGUUUUUUUCGUUAUUUUCGCGGUUAUUUUGGUGCUGGCUCCGUGUGAGAUGAAAAGGAGGAAGAUAAAGGAUUAUCCGACGGAUAAGCAGCUGACUUUGCAGAGGAAAGAGACAACGCCUGUGGAUUUCACGAGACUAGUGGUGAUGAGAAUGGUGUACGGUUUUGCUAAAGUUCUUGGCUUCGAAGAGCCUAUUGGUGAAGUGAUGAAUGGUGCAUUCGUGCCCCCAGGAGCGGAUGAUGAUGAUGAUUUUGAUGAUGAUGACGGAGACUUCUUCGACGAUUAUUAAUUUUAAGUGUGUAAACGUGCGUAUUCUCGAUACCAAAUAACUUGCAUUUACCCAGUUGUAAUGUCUUUUUGUAAAUUAUUUAUUAACUUAUUUUAGUUUUUAAUUGCAAAUUAAUUUAUUUUAGUGUAAAAAUGUGAAGUACAUAAGUGUUAAAAUAUGAAAAAUGUCGUUAUAUUUUUUCUAUUUUUUAUUUUAUUUAUUUCACUUACAAAACAUCUUAUGCCGUUAAAGACGUCAAUAAUCGAGUAUGAAAAGCUCUUAACAGUAAAACUCUGAAAUCUGACAAUAUCAGAUUCCAAUACCUGCUAUUGAUUAUCUUGCUUCGAUCAAAAAUAAUUUUGAACACAGCAAAA